AUGAAAUUUGCCUUAUUAUCAGUCUUGUUUUUCACAACAAUUUUCCUUACUUUUGGUAUGCCAAAAGAUGUCAGUGUUGAUCUUGAUCUUAAGGGAAUGGAAUGUCCAAUUUGUGAAAUGAUUGUUAAGCAAAGUGAACUUUGGAUUGGAAAAGAGGGUGAGGAACGUGAAUCAGCUGUCAUUUCUUUAUGUGAAAAAGAAUUAACAUCACUUGGAAUUUAUGGAAAAAUGAUUUGUGAUGCAUUUGUUAAGGAUGAGUUAGACAAUAUUAUCAAACAUAUGGAAGAUGGUACUGAUGAAGCAAAAGAUGCUAGAAAAGUUUGUACAAAAGCAAAAUUAUGCAAAUCAUCAUAA